CUUCCAAAAGGCAUUUAAACGUCACACAAGUCGCAAACGGGACAAACGCGUAUUUCGAUCGCUCUUCAGCAGAGGGAAAAACACGGUGCAAGUUAUCUUCAUCUGUAUCGCUAUCAGUGCAGCAGCAACAGCAUCAUGUCGGAGGUGAAAACUUACUCGCUGGCGGAGGUGAAAUCCCACAACACCAACAAAUCGACCUGGAUCGUGAUCCACAACGAUAUCUUCGAUGUGACGGAGUUCCUGAACGAGCACCCGGGCGGUGAGGAAGUGCUGCUAGAGCAGGCUGGCAAGGAAGCGACGGAAGCGUUCGAAGACGUGGGCCACAGCAGCGAUGCCCGGGAGAUGAUGAAGAAAUUUAAAGUGGGCGAACUGAUCGAAUCCGAGCGCAAACAAAUCCCGGUCAAGAAGGAACCGGACUGGAAAUCGGAACAACAGGAUGAUAACCAACUGAAGCAAUGGAUUGUGCCACUAAUCCUCGGACUGCUCGCCACCAUCCUGUAUCGGUUCUACUUCACCCAGUAAGGGGGCGUUAGGUGCACAUUUCCAAGUUACAUAUUAAGUGGAUGCAAGUGUGAAUGAAUAAUGGUGCGGAACACAAACAGGAAAUACCAUCGCCUAAUCGGACGGGCUUGCAGAAGCGAAAAGGGUGGAGCGUUCGUUACGAACAAACACAGAAAAUCGUUAUAGAGCUAUGUCUCUAAUACAGCUCUGAAGCAAACGAAGGAAUGUAAGUCAUCAGCACACAGCUCUUAUGAUAGUUUUCACCUAGCAAUCGAAACAUUGGAACAAUCCAAACCAAAGGAAUCAAAGCCUUUCGGGAACAGCUGGCGUAAUUCUGGAGGAUACCAAGUAGCAUUUCACAAAAGUUAGAGGACAAAAGUGGGUUUGCAAAAAAAAAAAAGAGAAACUCAACAAACAAAUGGCCAAGCAUAUUCUAGAAACGUAAUUAUUUUCACUAUAUAAACUACUUACUAUCUUUCAAACAAGCUAUGAAACUAUCUGUGAGCCAGCAACUGAACGAACCAUCCAAGAACCCGAUCGAUCGUUUGAUAUCGCGUACUCGGAAGCAACGGAAGCGAUGCGUGGCGAUUAUAAAUCAGCAUAACACCGGUACGGUACGAUGCGAUCGCGAUAGAGAAUAUUGUUGUACCUCUUUUUUUUUGCUAUGAAAAGUAGGAUACCAAAGUUUCAUCGACUGCCUUACAUACAAAGAAUAGCAAAAAGGGGUUGGGAGGGGGGGGGGGGGGGGGUGGCGUAGCGCCUAAGAGAGGAUUGAGGGAUGCUCAUUUAAUGCUUUUCUAUUGGUUUGUUUGAGAGAAUGUUCGCUUUUCAGAGACGAUUUAACGGUACGGAUUUUUACCAGCAAAUUACGUCCAGUUUUGCCAGCCUUCUGCGGCACGCGUGUUCCAAACUGUUGUGUGUAUGUUAAUUUUAAAUGUUUUAUUGUUAAAACGACGUAACAGUUGGGUGGUAAAAAGGGCAGAGAAGGGUGACCCCUUCCACGAUGUACGCACUAACGAUGUCACAACCAUUCGGCUCCGUUUAACUUGCUCUAUCCUGGGGGGAAAAGGUGUUUUUGUGUUUAAUUUUUAACGAGGAAGCUUUUCUUUUACAAAUCUUUUCUAUGUGUCUAGCGAAAUGAGGGGACGUAAAACGUAAACGAAAUAAAAUCGAAAAUUUAUACAUAUA